AGAACUGACAAUAAAGCAGACUUGACUUGACUUGACCAUUAGAGAAACUCUGAAAUCAGUCUGAGAGGAGAAACAACUGAGACAUUUGAUAAGAACUGAAGAAGAAACGAGCUGAAGACAGUUAGAGGAGAGAGCAGAGCCAAACACUCUCAGGAUCUCAUGAGCAGAUCAAACACUGCUUUAAGACACUCGCAACUUCUCCAGUCUCUGAUCAUGUUAUGAUUCAGUUUAUCUCUGUUGAAAAGGACAACACUGAACAGAAGAGGAAGAUGUGCUUAAAGUGACAAAAUUAACAUGUUGUGAAAUCAGCAAAAAAGAGCUGGAUGUUCACACGGUUUAACACUUCUAGUUGUGCAGUUAUUUUAGCUGACAGUAGAGUUUCUCGUGACUUUACUACAGAUCAGUCUCUCAUCAGCUCAUCUGUCAUUUUAUUACUGAACCAGUUCUGAAGAGUUUGUCUUCAUAUUUGUGGACUGAAACUGUUGAAGAUGUUUGACAUAUUUUGCUUCUGUUUGUGGCGUCUGGUUGCUGUGUUUGCUGAUUCAGAUGCAUUGACGCCAGUGUCAGUGACGGAGGGAGAUUCAGUCACUCUAAACUCUGGUCUUACUGAAAUUCAGAAUGAUGAUCUGAUAACAUGGACAUUUGGACAUUCAGAGACUCUUAUAGCUCAAAUCCUUAAAAAAGCUCAGCUCUUUUCCACAUCUCAUGGUGAAGCUGCGGGAUUCAGAGACAGACUGAAGCUGGAUCAUCAGACUGGAUCUCUGACCAUCACAAACAUCAGAGCUGAACAUGCUGGAGUUUAUGAACUACUGAUUGUUGGAGGAAAACUGUCAUCAAAAUAUUUCAUUGUUUCUGUGAAUGCUUGUCUGCCUGUUUCUGUCAUCAGCAGUAACUCUUCACAAUGUUCUUCAUCAUCAUCAUCAUCAUCAUCACAGCAGAAUUGUUCAUUGGUGUGUUCAGCUGUGAAUGUGAGUCAUGUGACUCUCUCCUGGUACAAAGGAAACAGUUUAUUGUCCAGCAUCAGUGUGUCUGAUCUCAGCAUCAGUCUCUCUCUACCUCUGGAGGUGGAAUAUCAGGAUAAAAACACCUACAGCUGUGUGCUCAACAAUCCCAUCAGCAACCAGACUCAACAUCUGGACAUCACUCAACUCUGUCACACAUGUUCAGACUCUGUCCACUGCUGUGGUUCUACUGAAGCUGUGAUCCGAUUGGUCCUCUCUGCUCUGGUGGGCGUGGCUACUGUCAUUCUUCUGGUUUAUGACAUCAGAUCCAGAAGAGCUGAACAAGAUCAAACACAGAUUCACACAUCAGGCCCAUAAUUGACAUAAUUUCUCAUGUAACAUUUUUUUUUUUCUUUUCCGUUUUCAAAGUUUUAUAUAUUCAUGUGCUGAUCUUGAUGUAAUCUUUUAUAUUUUAUUCAGGGGUUUAAGAGCUCCUAAAAAUGUACCUGUAUUGCAGUGUUAUUGUAGAUCCAGUUUAAAAGGACUAUUUUAUAUAGUUUAUAUUUCUCUCAGAUAAUACACUUUACUGCUGCUGUCCAUUUGUCCUCUGUAUUUGCUUUAUCAAUAAAGUGUUCUCACUCUGAGCUUCAAGAGU